UAAGGGUAAAGAGCCGAAGCUAUACGUCCCUCCCAGCCCCCGAUUUAAUUGCAGGUACUUUGGGUGUGGAAGCUCCUGAUUCAGAACCUCGGAAAGCUCCCCCUCCUGUGAGUGGUGAGUGCGCAUGCUCUUCUGAGCCCGUCGCUGAGGCUGCGGUGGGUGCAAAUAUAACUCAGAAGAGAGCUGCUUGCUUACAACUCACUGGGAGUUAAGUGCAGUAGAGAGAGGGAGUGAUUGAGAGAGAAGUGAUCUUUCCGAACCGAAUUCUCCGCCUUAGAGAACAAUCCACGGGAAAACUUGUGGCAGUAAAGAACCAAGCAGGAAAAAGGUUUGUUUGGCUUUUUGUUUGUUUUAUGUUUUGCUUUGUUUUGUUUAGAGAGUAGACAAACUGGAAAUUACAUGAGCAUCCGAGCGGCAAUCCAGAAAUCUUUCUAUACUUUCGCGGCAGCUGACGUUCGAACGAGGAGAGGAAAAGACAGACGGACGCUUCAGUUUGACAAUCCCUAGCCAAACAGCCAUUCAGCCCCAUAGCUCUCCUCGGCUAUCUCCCUGUUCCAGCUCGAGAGCUAUUUAUUCUUCCCGCGCCUGGACUCAGCGCCCAACAGUUUCGGGCAAGUCUAUGCUGAGAAGCCCCCAAGGACCGUUUUUUGUGGUAAUCACUUAGCCAAUCACUUUGUGGUACUUGGUGGCUGCUGCUCUGAGAAAGUCCUGGUUGGAAGGGGAGCCCCAGAGGCAGUGCAAGGACUAAGUUGGACUUGCUCCAAGCCUAGUCUUUGGGUCAUGGCCCGAACUGGAUAGACACCACUGUCAACAUGAAGGAGGCUGUCUUUUGGGGGUCCCUGCUGGAACUGGGAAACGCAAGUGGCAACGCUUCGCUAAUGAUGAGAGACCUGCUUCGAGGCCUGGAGCUGGAGAGACCAGACGGCAUGGCAGGGCAGUUCCCGAGUUCAGGCAUCCGCGGGAGUACUGGCACUGACGGCCCAGCUGGAGCGGUGGUGAGGAUUCUCCUCAGUGUGGUAUAUUCAGUGGUGUGUGCCUUGGGGCUGGUGGGCAACCUUCUGGUCCUGUACCUGAUGAAAAGCAAGCAGGGCUGGCGUAAGUCCUCCAUAAACCUCUUUGUCACCAGCCUGGCCUUGACUGACUUCCAGUUCGUGCUUACCCUGCCCUUCUGGGCUGUGGAGAACGCACUAGACUUCACCUGGCCCUUCGGCAAGGCCAUGUGCAAGAUCAUUGCUACUGUGACAGCCAUGAAUAUGUACGCUAGUGUCUUCUUCCUCACGGCCAUGAGUGUGGCGCGCUACCACUCCGUGGCCUCUGCUCUUAAGAGCCUCAGGCCCAGAGGACGGGGUAGGGGCGGUGGCUGGAGGCGAGUCCUGCGGGCGGGCAGAGGCUGUGGCUGGUGCUUUUCAGCCAAGGCGCUCUGCGUGUUGAUCUGGGUCUUGGCGAUGCUGGCCUCUUUGCCCCAUGCCAUCUUCUCCACCACUGCCACGGUGAUGGAUGAGGAGCUCUGCUUGGUACGCUUCCCGGACAAGCCGCAGAUAGGGGACUCUCAGUUCUGGCUAGGGCUGUACCACACACAGAAGGUUCUGCUGGGCUUCGUGCUGCCCCUAGGGGUGAUCAGCCUCUGCUACCUGCUACUGGUGCGCUACAUCUCCGAACGUCCCGUCCGGGGAGGUGGAGGCGCGGGCGUUGAGCCUGGUGUUGCGAGUGCUUCUGGAAAAGUAUGCAACAGCGCAGCUGGAGCCAGCGCCAAGAGGCGUUCUAAAGUUACCAAGUCGGUAACUAUCGUCGUACUGUCGUUCUUCUUGUGUUGGCUGCCUAACCAGGCUCUGACUACCUGGGGUAUCCUAAUCAAGCUGAAUGUGGUGCAUUUCAGCCAUGCGUACUUUCUGAGCCAGGUAUACGUGUUCCCAGUGAGCGUGUGCCUGGCCCACUCUAACAGCUGCCUCAACCCCAUUCUCUACUGUCUCAUGCGCCGAGAGUUUCGCAAGGCUCUUAAGAGCCUGCUGUGGCGCAUCGCCUCGCCCUCGCUCACUAGCAUGCGCCCCUUCACCGCCACUACUAAACCUGAGCCAGAGGAACAGGCCCUGCAGACUCUGGCUCCCUUGCAUGCUUCGGUGGAGCCCGAUCUCCUCUACUGCCCACCUGGAGUCGUUGUCUACAACGGAGGGCGCUAUGACCUGCUACCCACUAGUUCAGCGGAGCAACGCUGCUGAAGUAGGAAGACGCAUCAAGACGGAAAGCGGAGGGCGGAGGGUCCGAGGUGUGGAGCGAAGUAGAUGAUUCCCCUCCCACCAGGGUGGGGAAGGGGGAGAGAGACCUACACAGGCAGAGACAGACACAGACACAGAGACAACAGAUGUAGCACCGAAGAGGACCGGUAAGAGUAGGCAUUGGGUGUAGGAUGGAGGGUGAACCAAACUGGUAAGGUGGCUCUGAGGACCCUCCAGAGAAUAAGGGGAGAGACAUUGAGGAGGCAGGCUGCACAAAUGAAAAAAGCAAACAAACAAAAAACCGCUAACGAGACCUAAAGUUAGGCCAAGUGGUAAAUCGUGGUGCUGUUUGCCUUGUUCCUCACUUUGCUUGGGCGAGAGAUCGCUCCAGAUCUUAAACAAGUCCAUUCUUGUUGAGACUAGGUUGUGGGCAGAGGGGAGGAGUGUCUAGACUCUGGAGAAGAGGGAUGAGAAAGCUUUCUGGAGAAGGGGAACUGGCCAGAGUGGGGAGCGAAAGGUGCAAGAAAUUCAAUCUAUUAAACCCAUAUAAGCUUUGAGCCCCUCAGAAGUGCUUCCACUUUUCCUUCUUAACUCCAAGGCUAUACCUGCUCCCUGGGGCUAGGUGGGUAAAGGGCAGUCCUGCUGGCCUGGAGGCCUGCAGUCCUUCCUUCCCAGAAAUAGCAGGUGUUCUAAGAGGAGAAUAAGAACUCAGCGAUUUCUCCUUGGUAGAGGAGAUUCCCUUUCCUUUGGACCGGACAGACUUCACUAUCUUUUCGGGAGGAACUGUCGCUUUUUGUAAAGCUGGGAAUUCACAGCAGUCAAGAACAGCCCUGCAUUAUUUAGGACUCUAAAAGUCCUGGCCCGGGUUGACUCGUGAAGACAUCCUCAGAAAUUUCUCGCCAUGUUCUUGCUAGGCAGGCACUCCUGGUAGACUCUGGGGACCCAGCCCCUAACCAUGGGCUUCUACAAUCUAAGAGGAAGUAAGACCGGCUGCUAUCGCAGGACUUUUGGGAGCAGGGAGAGCGCUGAAGGGCCAGAACCUCCUCCUUUCUGCACUUGGACUUAACAGGGAGCCCUUAAUCUCACCGACUCUUAUUAAGACCUCCAGAGAUACCUACCUGCCCUUUGCUUGUCAGAGGUGAAGGCCCUCUUUAAACGCAAAAAACUUAGAGUAAAUGACAUUGAUUUUGUUUGGAUUUUGGUGGAAGAGGGAAUUGUUUGUAUGUGUUUUUAAAUAAAUCGGUAUCUAAAUUAUC